UUAUUGAAAUGACUAAUAAAAGGUACAAACACUAUUAUUUUACAGGUCAACAGCAAGGACAGGAUGGAGUAAAAGUACAGCAAGCCACAAUAGCUCCUGUUACUGUAGCAGUAGGUGGCAUUGCUAAUGCAGCAAUUGGUGCUGUUAGUCCUGAUCAGAUAACACAAGUGCAGCUGCAACAAGCUCAACAAGCUUCUGACCAGGAAGUGCAACCUGGCAAGAGAUUGAGAAGAGUUGCCUGCUCAUGUCCUAAUUGCAGAGAGGGAGAAGGAAGAGGCAGCAAUGAGCCAGGAAAAAAGAAACAACAUAUCUGCCAUAUUGAAGGAUGUGGAAAAGUUUAUGGCAAGACAUCUCAUCUUCGAGCACAUCUGCGCUGGCAUACCGGUGAAAGACCAUUUGUAUGCAACUGGAUUUUUUGUGGCAAGCGAUUUACAAGGAGCGAUGAGUUACAAAGACAUAGAAGAACCCACACAGGUGAAAAGAGAUUUGAGUGCCCAGAAUGUUCUAAAAGGUUUAUGCGAAGUGACCAUCUCUCAAAACAUGUCAAAACUCAUCAGAACAAGAAGGGUGGUGGAACGGCCCUUGCUAUUGUUACCUCAGGAGAACUGGACUCUUCAGUUACUGAGGUUCUUGGUUCUCCAAGAAUUGUCACUGUUGCUGCCAUUUCUCAAGAUUCAAACCCAGCAACCCCUAAUGUUUCAACAAACAUGGAAGAAUUCUGA